CUCUUUAAAGAAUGCAUACUGUGGAACAGGUUAAUAACAACAAUCACGACUAUGAUCAAGUUCAAUUUCGCAGCAUUACUAAUGUACAACCGCAGAAACUAACAGGUCAAAUAGUUCAUGCUCGCCGGUGUUAUAAACGGAUGUUCUUUAUUGAUUUGCGAAUCAACGAAUCGUUCAAAUGUACGAUCCUCUUUCGCUCUGACGAUUCUCGCGAAAACCUCCCUGGAGAAUUAACCGACCAUGAACUCAUUUCCCAUUGGAAGAGAGUCCGACGGGGUGAUAAAGUCUGUGUGCCGGUAUUUGAGGCAUCUGAAGAAGAAAAGUCCAAGAGAGAUUAUCCUGUCUAUCAAGCAUUGGAUUUUGUGGUGUUGAAGGCAUGGCCUGGGAAUGACCCUUUCCCACCUGAGCCCGCUAUGGGUCUUAAAAAAUCCAACAGUUCAUCCGAUACAUUACCUGGCGAGGUUAUGACGGCAAUCUGUAUACGAUCAACAGUAUCGACACUAUCCAUGUCAUCCACAUCUUCAACUCAAUUAAAGAUGGUGAUUGAGGGCGACUCUAUUCAAAGUACGGAGCUGGCUCCAUGGGAAGAUUACUGUAAAUUUUGGAUCAAUUCAUUAAAAUGCAUCAAGAAGGAUUGUCUCAAAAGACAUCCAACAGGGACGGAGUAUAAUCGCGUCCAAGAGAUAUGGGUGAAAGAACAUUCGCAAGCUAGAAAAGAGCGGUCCAAACUGCUAGAGGACCCGCAUGCAAUUUCUUCCAAAGUGCCACAUUCGCAACGUGCAUUGAUAUUUUGCAAGUGGCUCGUCCGUGAGUUUGGAAAAGACUUCCUCAAUUCUGGAUCAGGAGUCCUUGACAUUGCUGGCGGAAAAGGGGAGGUUUCUAUGUUUCUCACACAUAUGUUUGGUGUUCGAUCAACUGUGGUCGAGCCAAACGAGCGCAAGGACAAACCAUAUAAGCGCAAGAUUCUCAUGAAUGCUAUUAAAAAGCAACUCGAUAUCGAGGCUGGAGGCGAUGGUCAUUUAUACAAGAGAAUGGAUCCAUUGUUGUUGGCACUCAACAACCAGCAGAGUAUGAAUGCGCAAACUAAGCCCCAGCAAGAAGUUGAUCACGCCACUGAUGCCGAGAUAAUAAAGGACGAGAAACGCCGCCACAAAAAGCAACAGAUAGAGCAGUUUGUAGUUCCACGAUUGACCGCUUUACUCGAUGAGAGCUUUCUAGUAAACCAUAAGGAUGUGUUUGAAGGCGCGUCUAUCUUGAUCGGGAUGCAUCCUGACCAGGCGACUGAGCCUAUUGUAGAUAUAGCGCUAAAGCAUGACAAGCCAUUCGCUGUAGUGCCUUGCUGCGUGUUUGCGCACGACAACCCGCAUCGACGAUUGUCUGAUGGCGGUAGGGUCAACACGACAAUUGAGUUUGUUCAAUAUCUAAUGGAGAAGAAACCUCUUGGAAAUCGCAUAUCCAAAGACUACCUGCCCUUUGAUGGCAUCAAUGUCGUGGUUUUCCAAAAAAUAAGCCACUAAAAAAUAAAAGAUG